UCCUCAUGACUGCUGCUGUCAGAGCUGCACGAGAGCAGGCCUGUCGUCCACGAGGAGGCGAAAAACAACAGCAGCACCCCGCGGAAACACCUCUGCACAGAUGGAGUCCACAGAAAUGUACCAUAGCGUUGACAGCAGUCGUUGAUAACGGUCGUAAAUAAGCCCCCCUCUUCCCCUCCUCUACCCCCCGACACUCCUGUAAAAUGCCCAACCAGAAGAGCAACAAGGGAAAGAAAAGCAAACGCACUAACAGUAGCGGAGAUGAGCAGGAAAAUGGAGCCUGUGCGGCCGCAACAGGAGGAGCAACCGCGGCCGCUGCACCCAGAAACGAGCGCUCGAGUGAGGUCCAGUGUGCGACCCCCCUCGGCUGCAGCCUGGCCCGCCCCAUCGACCUGGAGAAGGACGACUACCAGCGGGUGCUGUGCAACAGCGAGCUCUGCCCUUACGGUAACUGGAUGCACCUGCAGUGCUUCUACGAGUGGGAGAGCUCCAUCCUUGUCCAGUUCAACUGCAUCGGCCGGGCGCGCUCCUGGAACGAGAAGCAGUGCCGCCAGAACAUGUGGACCAAGAAGGGCUACGACCUGGCCUUCAGGUUCUGCUCCUGCCGCUGCGGCCAGGGCCACCUGAAGAAAGACACCGACUGGUAUCAGGUGAAGCGCGUGCAUGAUGAGAGGAAGAAGAAGCCGUCUGAGAGGAGCGCGGGGAGGAUGGCGGCCGGCGGAGGGGCUUCGGGGCCCGGCGACGGAUUUUUUGAGGAGCCCAAGAAAAGCAAGCCGAAUUCAGGAGGAGGUAAAGUAGCUCACAGAGCGUCGAGUCAGGAGCUACCUCGCAGACAAUCAAUAGACCGUCAGAACUCUAUAGAGAGAGGAGCAGCAGGAGGUUUAGGAGGAGGACAUGUGACAGGUGGAGCUUUUCCUAUGGGACCUCCUCACAAGUCUCCAUGCGACUCCCCGGGUCAGUCUCCUCCGACUGGCUUCUCCUCUCCUGCCGCUAUCCUCGCAGCAGCAGCAGGAGGAGGAGCGGUGGGGUUUAGGGGUUCCCGUCAACUGGGAGAGUUCCUCAAAUCAGCUGUCCACAUGGACGCACAGAGGAAGCACCUUUUAGUCGGGGGGGCCCUCGGGAGGAGCGGCGGAUGCUCCAUGGGAAUGUCCGGCGGAGGGCCAGACGGUCCCCACCUCGCCCCAGGGUCUGUUAUCCCUCUGCCUCUAUCCUUCGCCCUCCCGCUUCAUCACCGGCUCACCUCAGGCAGCGUGGGUGACGGCGGCCACCCUCACCCGGUGCAGUUCUUGAGGAGGCUGGACCUCUCGGAGCUCCUCACACACAUCCCUCGCCAUAAACUCAACACCUACCACGUCCGCAUGGAGGAUGACGCCCAGGCAGGCCAGGGGGAAGAGCUGCGCAGAUUCAUCCUGUCAGCCCUCAGCGCCUGCCAGAGGAACGUGGUGAACUGUGCUCUGUGCCACCGGGCGCUGCCUGUGUUUGAGCAGUUUCCUCUAGUGGACGGGACCCUGUUUCUCAGCCCGUCACGCCACGACGAGAUCGAGUACGAUGUCCCCUGCCACCUGCAAGGCAGGUUAAUGCACCUCUACGCCAUCUGUGUGGACUGUCUAGAAGGCGUCCACAAGAUCGUCUGCAUCAAGUGCAAGUCGCGAUGGGACGGGAGCUGGCACCAAUUGGGCACCAUGUACACCUACGAUAUACUGGCCGCUUCACCGUGUUGCCAGGCUCGUCUCAACUGUAAGCACUGUGGGAAGCCGGUGGUGGACGUCCGGGUGGGGAUGCAGUAUUUCUCCGAGUACAGCAACGUCCAGCAGUGCCCUCACUGCGGCAACCUGGACUAUCACUUUGUUAAACCCUUCUCCUCCUACAAAGUACUUGAGGCUUAUUGACAA